AUGAGGAUGAGGAGGGAUGUGUUGAUAUCCGAGAACCAGUUCGAACGAUCGACUACAAAAGCUAUUCAUCUUAUCAGGAGAUUGGUUGAGCAGUAUACGGAUAAAAAGAGAGACUUACACAUGGUGUUCAUUGACUCGGAGAAGGCAUAUGAUAAAGUCCCUCGGGAGGUUCUUUGGAGAUGCUUAGAGUCUAGAGGUGUGCCUGUGGCCUACAUCAGGGAAAUUAAGGACAUAUACGAGGGUGCCAAGACCCAGGUUAGGAUAGUGGAAGACGACAUAGUUUUGAUUGACAAGACGCGUAGUGGAUUUAACGAUAGGCUGGAAGUUUGGAGAAUGACCUUAGAAUCUAAAGGUUUCAGGUUAAGCAGGACUAAGACGGAAUACACGGAGUGCAAGUUCAGUGACGUGACGCAGGAGACAGAUGUAGAAGUGAAGAUCGAGGCACAAGUUAUACCUAAAAGAAGAAGCUUCAAGUAUCUUGGGUUUGUAAUACAAAGGGACAGGGAGAUUAACGAUGAUGUGGCACACCGUAUUGGAGCAGGGUGA